CUCUGUUCGUCUUCACUACUCUAGGGUUUAAGUAGGGCUUUUGGAAGCUAAUGAAAUUUUAUUCAAAGUAUAAAUAAAAAGUACAAUUUCUCACUCUCCAACAAGCAUUUUUCUAUUUAUUUUCUUUAAAAUUUAUGAGUUUCUAUCCGUAGAUCCAUAAUGCAGCGAUCGUUAACAUCGCUGGUUCGUCCUCUCGUGGCAAAGAGAGGGUUUAGCACGAACUCUGAGAAAAUCGUUGCAUCCGUGCUGUUUGAGAGAUUACCUGUUGUUAUUCCAAAAAUAGACCCCGUAGUUUACGCAUUCGAAGAGUUCUCGUUUCGGUGGAGAAAUCAAUUUCGCCGCAGAUAUCCGGAUGAAUUCUUAGAUAAGUCUGAUUCUAGGGGAAAAGGUGACUACCAAAUGGACUAUGUUCCAGCUCCUCGGAUUACUGAAGCUGACAAAACGAAUGAUAGAAAAUCAUUACAGAGAGCACUUGACAGAAGACUGUAUCUUCUUCUCUAUGGCAAUGCUUAUGGAGCUCCCGAUGGUAAGCCUUUUUGGCAUUUUCCAGAAAAAGUAUACGAAUCUGAGGAGACAUUGCGCAAGUGUGCAGAGCUUGCUUUAGAAUCUGUCCUCGGAGACCUUUCCCGCACUUAUUUUGUUGGAAAUGCUCCUAUUGGUCAUAUGGUUGUACAGCCUACUGACAAAGGGCAAGAUUAUCCAUCUUUUAAGCGAUUCAUCUUUAAGUCUCAAGUGAUUGCAACCAACAAGUUUAAUAUUGGGAAGUCUGAGGAUUAUCUUUGGGUGACCAAGGAUGAGCUUUUGGAGUAUUUCCCUGAGCAAGCUGAAUACCUUAACAAGAUGAUCAUCAGCUGAUGAGGUUUGCCAGAAUGAGUUUUGUCAGUCUAGAUGAAAAGUUCAAGGCGACAGGGAGAGUAUGAGCUGCAGAUCACCAUUAUGCUGUCUAGAUGAACUCUUUUUUUUUUUUUUUUUGGACUAUGGGAUAUUUGGAAUCUGUUGUUCUAUUUAUAUUUCUCCUCUCAUCUGCUUUCCUAUCUUGAAACUUAUAAAUUUUGGUCGUGACUAAAUUCUGUAUUUGGAUGGCUUUAUAUCAUAGUUUAGUUCUGCGGAUGUA